AUGGGCCAUCCAAAAGGUCGCUACUACGUCCAAAAUGAAACGGUGCACUUUGCAAGGAAUCACAAAGCCGAUGCGAAACUUCAGUUUAGUCGUGAUCAAAUUCACUUCGAGCCCGCCCAAAUCAUCCCCGCCCACGAGCUGGUGGCCAAGCUGAAGCAACGUAAGGAGGAGCAGGACGUACAUCCGGCUGAUCGGGCCGCCGAAGACGACUACGUCAACGAAAAACCCGACGAGAACGAGAAGGACUACAAGGAACAC